AUGCCCACAUCUGUGGCCCAAGUGGUUUGCUUCGUACCAUGGUUGGUUAUUGACGUCUUCAUCGUUCACACCACUUGGAAGUACGGGGCGCGCCAGUUCAAAAACUCUCCUGUAGUCGCCAACAACAUAGGGCUCCUCCUGGCUUUCGGAGUUGCUUUCGUGACCGGGUCGUUUUACUUUUUCAUCAAGACUGUCGGACUGGAUGCGGCUUCGUUUUACCUCGGUUACUCGGACCAGCUCCUGAUCAGUAUCACGUCCGUGGCACAGCUGCUGAGGCGAAACAACACCCUUGGACACUCCUGGGGUAUUUGGUUCUGUCGAUUUUUCGGCACGUUCCUCUCCAUUGUAUUAUUCUGCUGGCGGUACUUCCAUUAUCCGGAUAGCUACCCUAGGGUCGCAGAGCCGAUAGUUGUUUUCUUCUUCGCGGCGUCAGAAGUCUUUGACAUUUUAUACGCAUUUGUAUAUGCGCAUAUCGAACGUACGGAAAAGGCCGCAAUAAAGGGGAAGAGCAAGCAGAAGUAA